AUGGCUCCCAUCAGCAAGGAGACCGACUACCUCGUCAUCGGCGGCGGCAGUGGCGGUCUUGCCUCUGCCCGCAUGGCGAGCUCCAAGUUCGGUACCAAUGCCAUGAUCAUUGAGAACCAGAGGCUGGGAGGCACAUGUGUCAAUGUUGGCUGUGUGCCCAAGAAGGUGACCUUCAACGCCGCCCUCCUCUCUGAGGCGAUCCACGAUGCCAAGUCCUACGGCUUCUCGGUCGAGCAGACAAAGCCCUUUGACUGGCCCACCUUCAAGGAGAAGCGUGACGCCUACAUCAAGCGGCUCAACGGUAUCUACGAGCGGAACCUGAAGAACGACAAGGUCGAAUACGUGCACGGCUGGGCGCGCCUCCUGUCCAAGAACGAGGUCGAGGUCACCCUUGACGACGGGUCCAAGGAGACCAUCCGCGCCAAGAAGAUCCUCGUGGCUGUCGGCGGCGCCCCCACGAUCCCGCCCUCGAUCCCCGGGUCGGAGCUGGGAACCAACAGCGACGGGUUCUUCGACAUUGACAAGUUGCCGAGCAAGGUGGCCCUGGUCGGAGCAGGCUACAUCGCGGUGGAGUUUGCGGGCAUGUUCAACGCCCUCGGAGUCGAGACGCACCUGUUCAUCCGCCACGACCACUUCCUGCGGAACUUCGACCCCAUUGUACAGGAGGGCGUGACGGCCGAGUACGAGCGGCUGGGCGUGCACCUGCACAAGGGCUCGUCACAGUCCAAGGUGGAGAAGGACGGCAACGGCAAGCUGAGCCUGCACUACAAGGAUAAGAGCGGCGAGGGCGUGCUGAAGGACAUCGACCACCUGAUCUGGGCAGUUGGCCGGACGCCGCUCACCGACGGGAUCGGCCUGGAUAAGGCAGGCGUCAAGUUGAGCGAGAAGGGAUACAUCGUCGUCGACGAGUACCAGAACACCUCGACGGAGAACAUCUACGCGCUGGGCGACGUCACGGGCCAGGCGGAGCUGACGCCGGUGGCCAUCGCCGCGGGCCGGAAACUGGCGCACAGGCUGUUCGGUGGGCCCGAGUUCGAGACGGCGAAGCUGGACUACACCAACAUCCCCUCAGUGGUGUUCGCGCACCCGGAGGUCGGCGCCAUCGGGUUGACGGAGCCGCAGGCCGUCGAGAAGUACGGCAAGGAGAACAUCAAGGUGUACAACGCGAGCUUCACGGCCAUGUACUACGCCAUGAUGGAGCCGGAGCAGAAGGGCCCCACGAAAUACAAGCUCAUCUGCGCCGGGCCCGAGGAGAAGGUCGUUGGGCUGCACAUCCUGGGCCUGGGCAGCGGCGAGAUGCUGCAGGGCUUCGGUGUGGCGAUCAAGAUGGGCGCGACCAAGAAGGACUUUGACAGCGUUGUUGCUAUCCACCCGACCAGUGCUGAGGAGCUGGUCACGCUGAAAUAG